AUGUUGUCCUAUCGUCCACGACACCAGAUUGGGUGGAUCUGGCCUAAGGACCCUCAACCAGGCAACCCCCUCAAAUGGCCAAUGGGGAGAAGGUUGAUGGAUGUCCUCACCAAUAAAGGUCCGGAUAUGUUCAUCGGACGAAUCGACAGACGCGAUCCCACUCCACAUACACCUCGAUGGUCGAGAUGGUACGAUAUAUACGGCUAUGCGGGAGGUGGAGACGAGAAUAUGUUACCACCUGUCCUGCCAUUUUCUGACCGAAAGCUGCAGAGAUAUGACUUUCGAACGCGGAAAUAUCGGAAUGUAGAUGAAAAGUCUUGGAGUUUCGUGGAAUAUCCAGAUCCCGGCGAAACAAACAUCUGGGAUGCGAAUGGUAUAAAAUAUUCAUACCCCCAUUGGCAGCUCCAUUAUGGAGAGGGAGCUGGAAUCGCACAUUAG